ACAAACAUGGCUAAUUAAAGUUCUGCAGAUGUAGGAAGCAAGUAGAAACGCGUCUCUCUUUUUUUCUUCUCAUAUUUCGAAGGAUUGCGUUUUGUUACAUUUUCCGUUUUCGACUUGCAAGGUUUGCAAGUUUCCAACGCACCCGGCCGGGGACAAUUCAGGAAACACAUUCGGUUCCCCUUUCGCAUUAGUAUUCCGUACCGCCGAUGCAAGUUCGUCGAUUAGAGAGAGAAAGUGGGUCUCACAGGGAAGGAUAUGUGAUUAUUAAAUAAAGUAUUGACGUUAUAGUGCGCGUUUGGCGAUCUCGGUACAGUCUGUAUAGGUAUAUGGCAUUUUCCCUUACUCCAAUUAUAAAUUACCUUCCCAACGACUAAUAAUUAAGCAACCUUACAUCAUAUACAUACACACUCUCGCAUCGCAAGACAAAGUCUUAUUUGUGUGCACCAUCAUCCGGAUACAUUUUGUGAAUUGAAUUGUAUACGUAGAUUUACUUAAUUAUAUUCCCUACUGUACAGCACUACAACUACAGUGUGUGGUGCGGCUCCCUCACUCAUGCACUCGUUGCAUCGAUACACGUAUUAUAUAUACAUAUAUUAUCUCUGAUGGUCUACUAAGCCAAGCCACGAGGUGAGCUUCCUUGAGCUGUAAUUUCCCACCGUCAAAGAUGACGGGCGUCAACCGGGAAAACGGCAACACGUUACCGGCGGCAGACGAUGAUCAAGUUAACGAUAGAGGCGAAGCCGAGAUCGAGCUUCAGAACAACGAGGAUGACCUUGAGGCGCUGAUCGAUGACGAGGAGGAGAAGGACAGGCCCCGGCGCCGAAGUUGGGAUCGCAUGCGCGGCCGCGACAAGAGGAACUCCAGGUAUAAUUUCCACGCAAGAGCUGAGCUUAUUUAUAGGGACAAGGAGCGAGACCGUGAUCGAGAUCGCGACCGUGAUCGCGACCGUGGCCGUCAGGAACGGAUAAGCCGGCGAGACCAGGUUCGUCGUGACCCAAGCAAAAGCAACAAAGACAUCGAGCAGGACAAGGCCCGCACUAAAAAGGACAACGAUACCAAGGCCCUGGCAGAGAAAGAGAAGGCAAUCAAGACUCUACUCGACUCGAACGACGUGGUUCCACCUGGUACAGAAGAGGAGGCCAUUCAGAUCAUCGCGGAUAAGAGCCAGCAGAAAAACGAUGAAGAGCCCGAGCGUAUGCGUAGCCGGGAUAACCGCAAACGCAGUCCAGUGCACAGUCGAUUGGGCCCACGCAAGAGCCCUCGGCGCAAGAGCCCAAUCAGAUUUUCGCCAAAGCGCAAGAGCCCGAGUCCCGAUAGGCGCAGAAAAGGUUCUCCAUCAUUCGAGUUCUUCACGCGUAAGCGCAGCAGGGACAAGGAGGGAAGCGCCGAGAGGAGGGAGUUCUCCAGGAGACGUUUGCGCGAACGGAACGUAAUCGAUCGAGAUAGGAGCCGCUCCCGCGAGCGUCAUCGCAGCCGGAGCAUGGAUCGCGGACGCCGGAGCAGGAGUUACGAUCGUCGUCGAAGUCGCAGUUUCGAUCGGCGCAGGCGAAGCCGCUCGUACGAACGCCGUCGACGCACACCGACCCACAGCCGAUCACCCACGCGACCGCGACGUCGUUCGCCAUUUAUCAACGAGCUCGCUCGUCAGUUCAGCGCUGAUACGCUUAGGCCAGGUCCCGAGAUGCCCUUGGGUCCGGGGGGUGGGCCACCGCCAAAUCCGUACAUGCCACCGGUUGUUCCUCUUGACCCGCGCAUGAUGUCGGGUGGUGGGCCUCCCCCGGGUAUGAUGCCCCUGCCGGUACCGCUAGGUAUGACCGCCAUGGACAUGGGUGCGCAGAUUCUAGCCACCGGGCCCAUGAUGCACCCCGGACCCGAGGGUCCACCGCCUUUUGGCAAUUUCGAUCCCGUCAUGGGCUUCGACCCGCUCAACAGAGGCCUGCCAGCUCCGGAUUACGGCUCUGGCCCGAUAAUGUACAAUCCAGCUGGGCUACCGAUGGGAGCGCCAAUGCCGCCGCAGCCCAUGUCACCGCAGCCAGUUCCUGCGCCCGGAGCACCCAUGUAUCCCGGAGUCCCGGUGCAGCAGCCUAUGGGAGCAGGACCGGUACCUGGACCAAUGUACUCGCCUGAUUUACGAGAAUCACCCAUGCACAAGCUCGAAGAACGCAUUAGGACACCCGAGCCGCCCAUCAUAUCAGACUUCAAACCAAAUGAAAAGACCAGCUUGUCCAGCCUCUUGGAAGCGUCGGUUUCAACUACAACGACCAAAGAUGUAUCCAGUUCAACGGCGUCAUUCAAAGGAUUCAAGCCCGAGGUGAUACGUCAAUGCGAGCGAGCUCUGCGCAGUCUACCAACUGAGGAUCCGAGGCUCAACAUGAAGGGGCGCUUUUUCUUCGAUCCGAACAAGAAGCUCGUAGCCAAGGAUGUCAAGGAUCUGCCGUCGUCGAACUCUGUGCUGCUGCGCAAAGGCCGCACCGAAAUCCACUGGGAGGAGGAAUUCAACCAAAUGACCCAGGGAACGACCGACAUCAAGAUUGCAGGCAGCAAGCGCGUGAUUACACUGCAGAAAAUCUGCCAAACGGAAGAGACAACGAUGGAGGUGAAAGCGGUGCAGACCGAAGAGUUAACCAUGAUUGACUUUGGCAUGCAAGUCGGACCCGACGAGCUCGUACCGUUGGUCGACGAUCGCCGUGGUCCAAACGUCGUUGGCGAUUUCGACGAGCGGACCAACAAUUUCGAGGACAGACGUGGCUUUGACGAGCGCAGCGGCAACCGACACGACUGGAACAUGCGAGAUCAGAACGUCGGCAAGCCACCGAUACGCGACAGUGAAGAUUUGCGCUGGAGCUUGAGCAACAAUUCGAACCGAGCCAAUCCCUGGAACAGAGACUUCUCGCCUCCACGACAAUCCGUGAAGGAUCACAUGCACGGAGGACCCGUCAGCAGUCCAGUUAUGGACAUGCGGGGUAUGGACAUGAUGCGCGACCGACCAGGUGUUGAGUGUUCCGGUAGGAUGAUGGACGCGCGCGAUCGUAUAAUGGACCGGGGCAUGAUGGACCAUAGGGGUAGGGAGAUGGAGAUAAGGGAGCGCGAGAUGAUGGAACGUGAGUUAAGAGAGCGCGAGAUAAGAGGACGCGAGAUGGAAAUGCGAGGCAUGAACAUGCCCAGAGAGCACGAGCUCAUGAUGGAACUACGGGGUGAUGGGGGCAGGCCACCGAUAAGCAGUUUAAUGGACAUGGGCAACCGUGGCGGACCCAUCAGCGACUUUGGUGCACGCAGGGAACCUUUGGAUGACUACGAUCUGCGCAACAGAUUUGAUAACUCUUUCAACCGAGACUCAAUGAAGAUAGACAGGAACGAGCCGAUACCUCGAGGCAGGGACAGUCCACCGCCCAUCAUGGACGAAGGCGACGAUUUGGAAAUCAUUGAGGAACGCGUGUUCGACCAGGACUCGUGGCAAAGGAUGAACAGCGGAGCACAGUACAACAAUGCUAAGGGCAGUGCGGGUAUAGCAGCGGCCUUGCGCAAUCAGCCGUCAACAAAGAGAACCCCAUUCCGCGGGGGUAGGAUCGGUCAAUUCAGGCCGAACUUUUAAGCGUUAAGAUUCGAUACUUUUUCCGUUGAAGCUCGUUUUAACAAUCGUACGUUGGUUUCGUUUCAAGUCACGACGAGAGAAAUCUUUCUCAUUUUGUUUUGAGCUGACUAGUAAAUUUUCAGCUGUUCUAGUGUAUCUAAUCAACCCCAACGAUGAUUGUUUCGAAAAACGUGCCGUCUAUGGAAAAAGUUUUCAUGUAAAUAACUGCUGUCUUCAUAUUGCGAGCGCGUUAUUCAUCUCUGCAUAAUUUUAAAACAAUUUUCUACAUAAGAGUUUAUACUUUUUUUUUUCUUCUUUUGUUUAUUCUAUUUCUAGUGAUCCAGCAAAGUAACAACUUGAAAUUGUAUUUCAAUAUAUGUAUUGAAGAAAGGAUCAGCCAAAGCUUCUUGAUCGGAAUGGUCAAUAAUUUUUUAUGUACUCUCAAGACGAUGGAUUCAUUGUAAAUUGUACUGCUCUGGUUCAGGAAGUACAAUAUAUUCAAAAGACUUCUCUCUAUAAGCAUAGCCUUCACACAAUUCUCAUUUACUUCGUUUUUUUUUUUUUUUUUUUUUUUCUUUUUAUAAGCUUGUAAAGCUUAUAAGUACCAAAAAAAAAUUUCAAUAGCUUUUUUUUCAUGUAGAACUAAAGUAUGAAACCGAUAAUAUCUUAUAAACACGUCUAAUAAAUAAUCACUGUUUA